AUGCCAUCCCCAACAAAAACACAGAAAUUUGGCCCGGUGUAUACAGAUGCUGUCAAACAUCUGACUACCAGCUUGUCAACGUCGACUUGGGGAAGUUGGCUUCCGGGGCAAACCGAGAUCAGUGCCACUGACACGGACGACCCAUAUGGGCAAGCCGCGUGGUCUUCAAUGUGGUUACAGGCGGACCUUCACAACUAUACUACCACCGGGUUGUUCUCAACCACUGUCAGUCCCACCCCCGUGCCUAGCAGUGAGCUGGUCUUGCCACCGCCGGAUUAUUUUGGACCCACCGAUUGCUACACAUUCCCCAAGGACUUUGUGUUUGGUGUAGCAGGAAGCGCUGCUCAAAUUGAAGGCGCGAUCGGUCUAGAAGGUCGGAGCCCCUCGUUGCUGGAGAAAUUGGUAUCAGACAGUCAGCCUAAGGACUAUGUCACCAACGAGAACUACUUCUUGUACAAGCAAGAUAUCCAGCGGCUGGCAGCGAUGGGUGUGGAGUAUUACAGCUUUACAAUCCCCUGGACACGCAUUUUGCCGUUUGUUCAUCCGGGGACUCCUGUUAACCAACAGGCCAUCGAUCAUUAUGAUGACUUGAUUGACACGAUUCUUGAGGCGGGAAUGAAGCCAGUCGUCACGAUGCUGCAUUUCGAUAGCCCAUUGAUGUUUGUCGCUGAUGACGACAUGAAGAGACGCCCCGAUAUUGGCUACAACAAUGCGGGCUAUCAGAAUGAAACCUUUGUUGACGCAUUUGUCAACUACGGCAAGGUUUUGCUUUCGCAUUAUGCAGACCGAGUCCCUAUUUGGGUGACCUUCAAUGAGCCCCUACUCUAUGCUUUCAAUUUCAAAGGCGUUGACCAUGUCGUCAAGGCACAUGCUCAGGUCUAUCGCUUCUACCGCGACACGCUCAAGGCCACCGGAAAAAUGGGUAUCAAAUUCAACGACAACUUUGGAGUGCCCAAAGAUCCGAAAAACGCCAGCCAUGUCCUGGCAGCUGAUCGCUUCCAAGAGAUGCAGCUGGGUAUCUUCGGCAACCCAAUCUUCUUGGGAAAGCAGUACCCGGAAUCCGUGUUGAAAACACUCCCCGGAGCAAAGCCAUUGAGUAAAGCCGAACUGAAAUACAUCGGUAAAACAUCCGACUUCUUCGGCGUCGACCCGUACACCGCUACGGUUGUAUCGCCGCCUGACGAAGGUAUCGAUGCUUGUGCUGCCAGUGAACCAGGGUCGAAUUCGCUUCUCCCCUACUGCGUCACGCAAGAAUGGACAAAUGUCCAUGGAUGGAAUAUUGGUUAUCGCUCUGGAUCUUACGUGUAUAUCACGCCGACACAUUUCCGGGAGUAUCUCUUCUACCUCUGGAAUACUUUCAAAAGCCCAGUAUUUGUGUCAGAGUUUGGCUUCCCGGUAUAUGGGGAGUCGACGAAGGAAGCGCUCUCUGAUCAACUUUUCGACUCACCACGCAGUGUGUAUUAUCUUUCUUUCAUGUCUGAGAUUCUCAAGUCGAUAUAUGAAGACGGUGUGCAUGUUAUGGGAGCGCUGGCUUGGAGUUUCGUUGACAACUGGGAGUUUGGUGACUACUCGCAACAAUUUGGUAUCCAAGCUGUCAAUCGCACGACCCAGCAGCGGUACUACAAGAAGAGCUUCUUUGAUUUGGUGGACUUUGUCAGGACUCGGCAGCAUAAGAAAAACUGA